AGAAUCAAAGGUUACAUUUUGCUCUGGAGCUAUAGGCUGAAGAAUAUACAGGCAGGUACCGGCUCCAGAAGCAUGUCCGCUACACUGAGACGUAUAAUAUAUACUGACAGAGCCCCUGCAAGGCGCGAUAUCUACAGUCAGGCGGUUGUGGUGGAUAAAACCAUGUAUGUGUCUGGUCAGCUUGGCAUGGAUCCAGCAAGUGGACAGCUUGUGCCUGGAGGAGUAAAGAAUGAGGCACAAUCUCAAUUCGAAGCUGCACUGGUAAAUAUGGGAGAGAUCCUGAAAGCAGCAGGAUGUGAUUACACUAAUGUUGUAAAAACCACUGUAUUAUUGGCAGACAUCAAUGAUUUCAAUGAUGUCAACGACGUUUACAAGCAGUUUUUUCAGGUGAAUCACCCAGCAAGAGCUGCCUAUCAGGUUGUUGCUUUGCCACGGGGAGGGAGAGUGGAAAUCGAAGCUGUGGCCGUCCUUGGACCUAUAACGGAAGUUUCCUCAGCCCUUUGAGGAUGAAUGGUGCACAAAUUCCUGCCUGCAUUCAGUAGAGCACUCUUAGGGUGCCAUUUUAAAU